AUGAGAAGCCACUGCUCAUCGAACCCUUGUCCAGACUACAGCACAUGCCAAGAGGAAUUCGACUCCUACAAAUGCAUAUGUCCCGUAGGUUACGGUGGUAAACAUUGCGUGCGCGUAUGUUCUCUUAAGCCGUGCCGACAUGGCAAAUGUGAAAGUUCAAACCAUGGAAAGGGAUUCCGAUGUGUUUGUCCUCAACAGUACACUGGUAAGUGGAUUUUUUUUUUUUCAUUUUUAUCUUUUUUUUUUUUUUUUUCAUUUAAAGUUAUUCCUUAUUCGACAUUUGUGGGUACCAUUUUAAUGCAAACAAAGUUGUUAUAAAUGAAAUAAAUGAUUAAAUAAAUAGUGAAUAAUACAUGGGCGCGCGUAGAUAUGGAAUUUCCCUUCGAGAGUUUCAUUCGAUAGCUCACUGUUUUGGUGUUUGAGGACAGUCUCGAAGGAUCUUUUACACUAGGGUCAAAUGUGAGAGAUGUUUAACUCAAUGAUCUCUACAGCGAAACCAUGACGACGUGCGAUCAAUAUGCAAAUUCCUAGCUGUGUUAAAAGGCACGACUAAUGCACGAGUAAUGCAAAGCCGCAAAAUCACUCCAGGGCGCGUAAACAAAUAAAAAAAUCUUAAUGAUUUGCGGGCGAACUGGUACUGGUGAUUAGGCGCGAACUUGCUGUGGGGCGAAUUCACCAGUUAACGAUAUGCAACGCAAAUCUCUCACUGUUGAACUUAAGAUUCACUUAAACUUAGAGUUUGAAUGUUUUGUAUAAUUUCCUAAGGGAAUUUUGUGAGGUCCGCAUGGAGAUACCCUGUCGAGAUAAGUACUUUGGUGCUUCAAGUAUAGGCGUCUGUGGUCCGUGUAAAUGUGAAGUGGAAAAUGAAUCUGAGUCCAGUUUGUAACAAGUCUACAGGAGAGUGCUACUGUAAUGUAAGUACUACAUGGAAGAAGCUUAUCAGAUGAACUUUAUUUAAACCGUGGAAAGUUUCGAGAGUCUAAACCAGGGGAAAAAAUCAGAGCAGUUUCUGUUUUUCUUUAAGAAGUCAGGAGAACAGGGAAACGCUUGCACCUCAAGCAACGGUCCCAUCAUGCCUAGCUCUUAACUCUUUGACCCUUAAGAAUGACUAGCAUCUAAUUUCUCCCUGUGAUAUCAUCCCUGAAUCAAAUAUUACGGUCACGAGAAUGAAGGAAUUGAUCACCAGUUAAGGAAGCUCUAGAUAGUUUAACAAAUUCUCCUUGUCAGGACCUUUGGAAAGGUGAAGAGAACAGUACAGAGAUUAUGCAUACUGAUCGUAGGUUGCAUAGGGUUAACUGUACAAACAUUGUCUGAACUUUUGCCACUUUCAAAGGCAGACCCCCUCGCGUGAAGAAGACCUGUUGAAUCGGGUAACGCGUUCACUGCCUUAUCUGUGUAAAAAGUUUUGGUGGCGGAGAUAAUAGUUUAAUGGUGUCUAAAUUUCCUAUUUCUUGCCAAGUCACAAGAAACCCACGGUCAAGAUGUGAAAUUCUGACUAGGAGAGCUGUUUCGAAAUGAUUACAUGACAAAACGUACAAACUUUUUGGACGGGAAAAUCCACUUUUAAUUUAAGUGUGCAGCUGCGAAUGUGCAGAGGAAGUUCACUGGUCAAUUUUUUCACCCUGAAGAGUGAUUAGCAUUUACUUUUUCCUUACAAUAUCAGCCCUGAAUGACAAAAUAAGGUCAUGAGAAUAAUGGAAAUGAUUAACAACUACAGAAGCUCUAGAUCGUUGAACCAAUUCUCCUUGUUGGCCCCUCAGGAAUUGUAUAGAGAACAGUAUGGAGAAUAUGCAUACUGAUGUUAGGAUGUAAAGGGUUAAAGAAAGUUUUGCCAGAAAACGCAACCAAGAGAGUAGUUUACGGAUCAAAACCGACUUUUCGAUCCGGAAUCCCUUGCGCUUACAAUUUCUGCCUCUCUCAAGAACAACAACUUAAGUUAUUAUUUGAUAUGAUCCACAGGCCCUUCUUCAGUCAGCCAGAACUCUGUUUAGCUCCGAUAACAAAGAUGUGUGGGACGUCGUUCAACAGGUAAUAAUUAUUGGAUCAAUAUCUGAGCACUUACCCUUCCUCCGACCCAAGAACGGUCAACUAAUAACAAGUUAGUGUUGUUUUUUGGCUAAGGGAAGGGUAGGUGUGCAGUUGCGCAGGUACUGACCUUGAUCCGAAUUAUUUUUAUUCUUGUUGUUUUUUUUUUUGGCAAGUAAUCCACGGUCGAUUUGUCGCCGGUUUUUAUUUCACUAUGCUCUCCAAUUGGCCUGUGAAACUCGCGCCCUUUCAUCCAGUCGCUUUACUGCAAACAGAAGCCAAUAAUGAAGUGUUAACUGUGAUCAUCACACUUAUUCAGAAUGCACGCUACUACUAAGAUAUAUUCAGAUGUCUGUGGUCAUCGCAGUAAUCUGUAGUAUUAAUCUUUUCCGCUUCGGCUCCAGUUUUCAAAAAUAAUAUCAACGUUCGUUCUGUUGACUUGCACAAACCGUUGACAUGCGCAAUCCGUAGCAAACGUGGGCGGACGUCAGCUACCAAGACGCAAGUAUUAAUAGCUGAUUGUGAUAGUACAUGAAAAAGCACACAAAAUUUUUCUCUGAAUUAAUUUGAAUAUUGCUCCUAGAAACGAAUGACCAGUGGAUUGUGACCUCCUUGUUUAUAUUGACACGAGCAAAAAAACAGAUUGAAAACUUCAGCGGAAACUUGGCUAGAAGUUUACCGCACUUAAAACGAGACUCGCGCAGAUACAGUCGUUGUACCGAAAGCAUUUUGCCCCCGUACACGAUUAUUACACUCGAUAUUGGUAAGAAAUAUAUUUUGUUGAGUUUGCUGUGUCUCUUGGCAUUGUCUCUUUGCAGGCUAAAGAGGCCAAACAUUCUGGAGUGAAGGAAGAUUUGACCUUAACUUACCGGUCAAAU